AGCCGCUGUGCUGCGUUUCACAAUCCGAACGGCAUCGACUUAAAUUGAUAGAGUGGUCUCCCUGGCACCGUAAAUGCUGUAUACGUUCGACUUUCGGGCUCCAGCUCUAUCUGCCAAAAGGCGUGCUUCAAGUCAAUGCUGCUAAUGAACACGGUGUCCUCCACCCGGCUCAGGAUCGAUUCGAUGCUCUGCAGUGGCGUCACCCGAUUGCUUCACGGACUUUCGCUGAGUUCGAUGACUCCUAAGCGCAGCAUCUCAUCAACCUCCGCAAACAACGACUCCUGCACUGCCAGGGAUACUGGAUAGAAGCGCUCCUUGACGGGUACUGCCCCCUCGACUAGGCGUAUCUCGUGCUUCUCGAUCUUCGUUCUUCCUAGACCGUGUGCAUCAAACGACCGAAACUUCUCCUUCACUUGGUGUAGUCGUGUCUGUUGGGAGUAUGUCAGCUCGUGGGGUUCCAUCGGUCUACUCCUCGUCAGCAGUUCGGCCUCGAUUUCAGCUACCUCUUCUCCUCGUUCCCGGCCUACUAUCUGCGGCGCCAGUCGAAACUUCCGCCAGAAAUCGACUCCCAGGUACAAAGGCUGUUUCAGCGAGGGACACAGGAACAAUUCCAUGGCUGACUGAUGCCCCUGUAUCGAGCAAACCCAUCAGUUUCAUCGAGCCCAGGCUAACUCGCGCAAAUGGUCGGUCAUCCUGGCUCAUAGCAGAGCGGAUUGCUGCACAUAUGCCGCGUCUCCUCCUCUGGCGUGCCUGGAACCUGACCCGAGCUCUCUGUGUUCUGGCUGAACCUGUUCGAGCGAUCUCUUCCACCUCGUCUCCCAUUAUCCUCUUCCGGGUCUGCUCGUAUCGAUGCUGCCUUUCUGCUAACGGCUUACGCUCCGACCAUCUUGCCCCAGGUACGAUAUCUACAUGUAAUUUUAUAUUAUCAUUGGAGGACAGAAUUAUUGGUUGUUCCUUCGCGGUGACGUGGAACGCGACUCCUCCAAUUGUGUCGUGCUCCCUUUUCCGUUUCCCGGCCGGCAUUUAGUACACUUAGGGAGGAUUACCCCGGCUGCCCCACACUUGUAGCAGAAUAUAUUCCGCACCGCCGCCUCACACUCAAAGUAUGUGUGCCCCGGCUGAGCACAAUUCCAGCACUUCAGCUGUGUGCGAUCGCCCCCAGACUCCUUCGCCCUAUAUACGGCCUCCAGUGGCUCUGUCUGCUCCUCCAGCUCGUGGUUCGUCGCUUCUACUUCGUGCACUUUGGGGUCUUCCCUUCGCCUGUUACUCCCGUGAUCUGUACCGCUCCUUGUCCAUCGGGUUGACAGCAGCUUCUCGGCAUCUGCACACUCUUCUCGUAGUUUCUGCAGAUUUGGGAUUUGCACGAGACUCUGACCACGAGACUUGGUACACCGUCUGCAAAUGUUCCACUCGGAAGAUGAACUCCGCCACAGGCAUCCCCUUCGGAUCGCCAUCGAAGCUCAGACCCCAUUUCCGGAUCUGCACCUGCUCCUGCCUGACUUCCCCGUAACUUGGACGACUCCUGUUAGGGUUUGCGUUGGCCCCUGAGCCUCUGGUGUUGAACUACCAGUCAUCCGGUGGCCGGUCAUCCAGUCCCAUAAGCAUCGUGACUUCGUGUCCUGGCACCUGCGACGCUCGUUCCGGCCCACUGCCAACUUUCCCGUCCUGGGACCUAGUCGUCGGAAUUCUGUAUGGCUGGUACCUCCUCUGCACUUCAGUGCUUCGCCUAGUUUUUCCCGACCCUUUAAACACUUCCGGAUCACUCAUCAACCAAUAUAUCUUUCCUUUACCUACUACCUAAUCACCUAUGCAUCAAUAUAUGUAAACUAACUCUACGUAUAUGUGUUGGUGCUAAAUCAAUUAUCCUACAAAAACCUAAAUACAUAA